AUGACUUCCUCUGGCUUGGCUGACGCCGCCAAAGAGACGGUCUCGGCAAAUCUUCCCAUACGUAGGCUAUCAGCGUCAUCUUCCAACUUUGACAUUGUUUCAACAUAUCGCAAACUCCUCGAGUCCGACCCCGAAUUAACCAAGCCGGUCGCCGCUAUAGAAUCAUUGAUCGCCCUUCUGAACACCGUUCCUUCCACAACCGUAUACGAGACUCUCGAUACUGUCAAAGCCCACUCGGUUCGCCUCGCAGCUUCUGUUGAAAAUCCGGUGCCUCUCACAGCUGGUACCGACCUUUUCCUGCAGUACCUAGUUUCCUCGCUCAAGCAGCAGGAGGGUAGCUUCGAUGCCGUGAGACAGCAUCUUCUCCGUAACGGCCGGUUGUUCGCCCAAAGAGCCAUUGCUGCGCGCAACGGCGUCGCAGAAGCUGGCUGGCGCUUCGUACGAGAAGGCACAUGCGUGUUGACCCACGGUGCAUCAAGGUCGGUGACUGGUCUGUUAGAGAGGGCAGCCAAGAGUCUCAAUGGCAAGUUUAAAGUUGUCUACGUUCGGGACCAGACGCGCGUAGAGGAGAGCGACAGUGUUGUAAAGGAGCUGCGUCAGAUGGGAAUCCCGGUUGCGGAGAUUCCAGAGGCGGCUGUCGCUCACGUAAUGGGCUUGCUGCGCCAGGUCAACAUGGUCAUUGUUGGUGCGGAAGCUGUGACUCAAAAUGGUGGCAUCAUUUCUAGAAUUGGCACAUAUCAGAUCGCCCAGCUGGCCUCAAGAGUCAAGAUCCCUUUCUAUGUCGCCGCCGAGACGCACAAGUUCGCACGCAAGUUCCCCCUCGACCAGAGGGAUCUUGGUUUCAAGCAACAAGUGCUUGAUUUUAGUACCGACGCAAGAAGCAAACGACCUGCCGAUGCGGUCGACUAUACUCCCCCCAACCUGAUUUCCAACCUCAUCACGGAAAACGGGGUACACUUGCCAGGCUACGUCUUUGAGCAGCUUCUCAGCAUCUAUGGAAGUCUUAACGGGUGA